AUGGCCGGUCUUGGUCCAGAACAUCCCCACACGAAAGCGCCGUCUGCUGCUCCCACAAAUGAUCUACCAAAGUCUAGCGACAAGUGGCCCGAGAUCGACCGCCUGCAGAUUGACGACGAUAUGAGCCCCGCCGAAGACGACGCCGACUUUAGCGAUACCAGCUCCAACUACUCGACCAUCUCCCAAGACUCGCUUCCUCCGAUCCACGCAUACGGGCACACCUACCAUGGGUCUGGUCAGCUAUUUACACCUAAUGAUGCUUCCGAGGCGCAUCGCAUGGCCCUGCAGCAUGGACUGUUCAAGUUGUGCUUAGACGGCCACCUCGUCGCAACUCGCCUACCUUUCGAUGAACACACUCUCGAAGACCCUCUUCGCAUUCUCGACAUUGGCGCCGGCAGCGGCUUGUGGGCAUGCGACAUGGCGCAGCGAUACCCUCAGGUCGAAAUACUCGGCAUUGACCUCAGCAGCGCACUAUUACCCAAGGACGUCCCGCCCAAUGUCACCUUUGAGAUUGCCGACGCCACGGAUCCCUGGCCUUCACCCACGUACGACUUUAUUCAUAUGAGGAAUCUCGUGGGCGGCGGUGUCCGCGACUGGGGCGCUCUGCUGGCCUCGGCUUACGCCCAUCUCAAACCUGGAGGUCAGCUCGAGUUUACCGAGAUCCGCCCGCGCUUCUUCGACGUCGACCCAGAGCAGGCCGAUCUUCCGAAUCUCAUGGCCGGCGAGAAGCCAGAGAUUGGCGCCGCCUGUCUCGAAUUCGAGAUGACCUUUGUUGGGAUGUGUAUGAAGAUGGGCCUUGACUUUGACCCUGUGCCAAGAGUGCCCGAGUGGCUGGCCGAUUUGGGGGCUGAAGCUAUCCGGGAGCGUGUGGACUGGCUGCCUGUGAAGAGCUGGGGGACGGAUCCCAUAUACCGAAAGAAGGGCGAGGUUUUGGGCGAGAUGAUUGACUCGGGCCUUGAAAACUGGACAAUGAUGCUGUUUGGCAUGUGUGGAUGGAAUGAAAACGAUACGAGGGCGCUACUUGAUCGCGUCAAGAUGGAAGUGCAGGAUCCAAUGCUGCGCAGUUAUGCCAAGGUGACUUUUAUUACGGCGCGAAAACCAUUUGACGAUAGCGAGGACGAAUGA